AUGCCAUAUAUUCCGUGGUUCUUGUCCCUUGAAGACGUGGUUUUUGGUUUGGUAUCAACUGGUUCUUCUCAGUCCUUCUCUUCUCCUUCUCCACAUGCGGUUUUUAUUCCUCCUGAUUGCUGGAAAGCGCGUCAAGAAGGCGAAAUAAUUUCGGUCCUUUGGAGCGGUAGCAUCGUUUCACUCCGCUUUUGCGUGCGUGUCUACCAGUGUCUGGUUAUCAGACUUGUUCGUGGCGUUAAGACCGAGAUCCAGGACGUUUUUGAAGGGUUCACAGCAGGAGAGAUAAUUGUAACAUGGCUUCCCCCAGGAGGCCAGAUAUAUGUUGCUCAACAGCUUGUUUAG